AGCAAUUGUGAAAAAAAGGAAAAAGAGGAAGAGAGGGAGAAAAAGAAAAAACAAGUGGGUUUUUGGUUGGUUGGCGAAUGUGAGUAGCCGGCGUAGAGGCAUAAUCUUCUUCAUUCCGGUUCGUUCAAACCCACUGUUCAUCUUAGGACCGACGAAUUCCACGCGCAUGAAUUUUGGACUCUUUUCGUGUUGCUGUUUGCUUCUUUUCGCGUUUGGCUGUUGUUAUUCUGCUUUUCGAGAGAGAGGAGACAAUUUCUUCCAGCUCUACUUCAGGUCAAAACUGCCGGAGACUUGUUGCAGUCGAGGUGAGUUCAGUUGAAGUUUUUGUUUCACUUGGAUGAGAAUUGAGUUAGAAUUUUCCUUCUAUUAUUGUUCAUCGUUAGUCUGAAUUCUCAUUUCUCAAGAUCGUGCUCUUGAGUUUUCUGAAAUUUUUUUAGAGUUCUCGAUUAUGUAGCCUAAUCAGCAUCGAAUUUAGCUCAAGUUCGUCAGAACUUAGAAGGUUGUUUUAGCUUAAGAAGUUUGUUAAAUCCUUGCUUACUGAGAAAGAUCGGAGGCCUGAAUGGAUUAUUCUAAGCUCAAGAGAGCUAUUUACUCGGUUAAUCCUGAUGAAAUUAUAUGAAACACAAAAGCGCUCUUGGUUUCUAAUUCUGAUUACUUCGUUUGGAUCUAGAUAAUUUCAUGGAAUGUCAAAAUGAGUGUUAUCAUGUCUUCCUAAAUUGCCUGCUUGCGUCAGUGUUGAGGUCACGAGUGCCUUAAUUUCGCUUCUUUCUUACGAUUAUAUUUGAUAAGCGGUACCAAUUUAAACAAGAAAGUUCCUCAUUUCUGGAAAGUGGAAACUUACUGUUAUUGGGAUCAAUCAAGAUUCUCGAAGUGGCAGAAUAGAAUGGACACUCGUGUUGUCUUUUAACUGUUUAUUUAUCCUAAUUUUUCGUAUAGCUUGUUCAGAUAUGCUUAAACACAGCAGAUUAUAACGAGUGGGUCCCAUCAUGAUCGUACGCACAGUGUACACGUUUGUUUCUACUUUUACGAGGUUGGAUUUUGACCAUUAGUAGGCCAGAUUCUCUUACAUCCCAGUAAAUUUUUCUUCUAAUAAAAUACAUCAUUUCGUGUUAAAGAAUCAGACACUUGUUCCAGUAAUAUUUUUCAUUUGUUGAUGUCAACCGACUAUCAGAUUCCUCUAUUGGCCUUAUUUUUUUGCUUAUGAGUGAUUAUUCAUUGUUGGAUCGGAAAUUGAGCAUAAUAGAAGUUGUGAUGACUUGUUUCUGUUUUUGUUCAAAAAGAAACAGAGAUUCGUCGGAUGCACAAACAAUUGCAGCAGUUGAAGGUUUAUUUGAUACAGAGAUUUCAAAUAUUCCGAACGUUCGCUUGUACUCAUACGAAGAACUUAGAAAAGCAACUGAAAAUUUCAGGUCUGAAAACAAACUUGGACAGGGAGGUUUUGGAUCUGUCUACAAGGGAAGGCUUGGAAAUGGAACUCUGGUUGCCAUAAAAGUACUAUCCAUGGAUUCAAGCCAAGGGACACGGGAGUUUUUGACAGAAAUCAAUGUGAUCUCAGUUAUAAACCAUGAUAACCUGGUUAAGUUGCAUGGUUGUUGUGUGGAAGGGCAGCACCGGAUCUUGGUCUAUCCUUACCUAGAAAAUAGCAGUCUUGACAAGAUGCUUUUUGGUGGUAGAGGACAUGGGAAUAUUCAAUUCAAUUGGCAAACAAGGUGUAAAAUAUGCAUUGGCAUUGCACAGGGGCUAGCUUUCCUUCAUGAGGAAGUCCAGCCGCAUGUUAUACACAGGGACAUCAAGGCAAGCAAUAUCCUGCUUGAUAAGGAUUUAGCCCCAAAGAUUUCUGAUUUUGGUCUUGCUAGACUACUCCCUGCUCACUUGACCCAUGUUAGUACACGUGUUGCCGGGACAGCAGGUUAUCUUGCACCUGAAUUUGCCAUACGGGGGCAAGCGACGAGAAGAACAGAUAUUUAUAGUUUUGGUGUCUUACUUUUGGAGAUUGUUUGUGGGAGGUACAACAUAAAUAGACGAUUACCUGCUGAAGAACCAUAUCUUCUUGAAAUGGUGUGGGAGCAUCAUCAGAAAGGGCAAUUGCUGGAAUUGGUAGACCUGUCAUUACAUGGAGAUGUUGGGACGGAGGAGGCCUGCAGAUACUUAAAAAUCGGUCUUCUUUGCACCCAAGAUAUGCCAAAACUCCGUCCAUCUAUGGCGACUGUUGUCAAGAUGCUAACAGGUGACAUUGAUAUAUCUGAUCAAGCAAUAUCUAGACCAGGAAUGCUUUCAGAGUUCAUGCUUCGAAAAGAUGUACUAUGCAAAAAGGGAGAGUCGACAACUGAAGACUCAGGAAAGCCAAUUGAUUCAACUUCAUCAUCAGGAUACAUGGACACCUCGUAUGCUACGAUAACUUUCAAUUCGAUAUUUGAUCGUAGUAACUGAGUUAGAAAUUAUUUGUUGGUUAGCAAGCCUUCUAAUUAAAGGGAGGUAUAUAUUUAUUUUUUUUGUUCUAUCAUGAAUACAUACUUGAAAUCUACUAUGACACUUUUUCCACCUUCAUGUGUCAGUAACUAACUGUGUUGUCUUGUAGGAGUUUUUAGUGAUGAAUUUUCAGUGAAAAUCACAUGACGUGUUGUGUUCUCAAGGUGUAUAUUGAACAAUUCUUUGUAUUUUUUAUACUUUUGUCAUGAACAAAUGUUGACAUAUUUGCAUGUAAAA